UAUGGUUACCUGUGGAGGCCUAAAACACUUCUUUGACAAACCAUUCCCAGAAAAUUCAACAAUUCUUGAUUCCACUUCUUCAUGGAAUCAGAUUAAAUCAACAAAACCAAAUAAAGAUUCAUCCUUUACGGAGAUUUUUGAUGAAUUACAUUCUGUUUCAUCGUUUUCUUCUAAUAAUCUCCCUCCAUUGUCUACCACCUCCUCGUCAUCAUCAUCAUCAUCGACAUGUUCUUCUUAUAAUAAUUCGUCAUUUUCUUUCGAAGCAAUUCACCAAUCUGGGGUUGAAGGGAAAAACAGAGACCCCAUUUAUCCACCAAGCAGCCAGAAGAAACAUUACAAGCAUAGUGAUAGCUUUUCUUCAAGAAAUUCAGAUUGUCUUUCAAUAUGUACAGAAAGCCUUGGAUUUGAAAGCUGUGAUGACGUUGAGGAUAUUAUGAAUGCAUUGAGUAUUGGGAAUGAUCAAGAACACGAAGAAAUUAGAUCAACGAACAUUCAUAAUCAGGGGAUUAUAAGUCAUGAAUAUACGAAAAUUAGAUCAAGAACAAAAAAAGGGGCAUUAUUGCCUCCUCCAAUUUCUUGCAUUGGUAGAAAUGGAAAGCCCUGUGUUUGUUUUGAAUCUUUUAGAGAAAAUGGUAGGUUUAUUCUCAAGGAGGUUAAAAUUCCUGAAUGGGAAUUCUUGCAUGCAUGUAGAGAAGAUGGACGAUUGAAGCUACAUAUUGUUCAGUCAGAUGACGAAUUUUUCGAUGAAGAUGAAGAAUAUGAUGAUGAUGAUGAUUCAGAGGAUGUUGAAGAAGAUGAAUCAAGUGAAGAUGUAACAAAUGAUGAUGAUGAUAAAAGAGAGGUUGUUGAAUCUUGCUGA